AUGCUCGAAUUCACGUCUCACAAACUCUUGGUCUUUGACGUCUAUGGGACACUCGUUGACUGGGAAUCCGGAAUAUACAACAGUCUCAGGACGGUCUUUCCCGAGGACACUCCAAGAGAGGAGGUGUUGGAGAAAUACGCUGCUGCGGAACUAGAUCUACAAAUGAAAGAUCCGAGCGUAGCAUACUCGAAGAUCCUCGAUCUUACUUGGGUCCAGCUCAACUUAGAUCUGGCUUCCUCAACGUCACCAGCAAGUGAUGCUGAACGCUUCGGAGCUUCCAUACCCACGUGGCAGCCAUUUGAAGACACCGUCCAAGCCCUCCAUAGACUGAAGGAGCACUUUGCGCUAGUGGUUCUCUCCAACGUAGACAACAAAAGUUUUGAAGGCACACACGAGUUGCUGAAAUCCCAAACCCUUGAAGCACGCAAUAGCAGAUACCCGACCGUGACCCCUGACUCCCCCUUCUCACUCAUCCUCACCGCUCAGCAACUUAAUGCGUAUAAACCAGACUUGAAGGUGCUGGAAACUGCACUCCAGCAAGUCUCAUCUGCGCCUCGCUUUAACUUACCGCAUCCCAGCCCCCCCUGGGCUGUGGAGGCACGCGAAGUGCUUGUAGUAGCAAACUCGCUUCUGCAUGAUAUAGAGCCCGCAAAUCUUCACAAUCUCAACAGUGUGUGGAUUUCGCGCCAUGAGAAGAAUAUUAUCGGAACCAACCCCGAUUUGAAGGAGCGAGGGGCUUGGAAAUGGAGGUUUGAAACUUUAGGUGAUCUGGCAGAUGCGGUGGACCAGGAGGUUAAAGAAAAGAAACGCGUGGCCGCGGCGCUACGUGAACUUUAG